CAUUUGGUAAACUUUUUUAUUCGUCUUUCAAAAUGAGUCUACAAACCGACACAUGACCUUUCACUCUACGAAGAUGUCACAGUUGAGUGCUCACGCCAAUGCGAUCUGUGCCAGUUGCUAUGUUUUUGUUACCUGUUAACUAGUUACUAAAUGUUCUUAAAGGCAUCUCCAGACACAGACAAUUCAUUUGCUAACCCUGAAUUGAAAAGAUUGGGACCACAUCUUGAUGCCACCAGAUGACACGUGACAGCUUUCAAGAUCUUUGGAAGAAUAUCAUGGAAAGGAGGGUUCAUAGGAUAAACACUCCUGGCCAAAGUGAUGCCGUAGCUUCUUUCUGUAACUCCAUCUCAAACAUCAACCAAAGUCCUAGCAAUGUUCCUGUAACGCCCUGCCGGGUACCAAGCUGCACAGAUAGUCUGGUGUCUGAUGGAGACAAAGCUGGUGCUACACUGCUAUUCUCUGGAGCCUUUUUGACCCUGAUUGGUGUGACGUUAACAGCGAUGGGGUGGACAAAGUACAAUGUGAACCAAAGCUACGAGUGGACGCAGCUACUAGGGCCUAUUUUGCUCUCAGUUGGAGGCAUGUUUGUGCUUAUAAGCGUCUGUAAAUUCCGAAUGCUCUCCUGCCAGUCUUGUAUGCAGAAUGAUGGGGAGAGGACAUCUGACACAGACACACUGCCGCCCCAUGCAGGACCAUCAUUUGUCAUCACUGGACUUAACCAACCCAUAACCUUCCACAGAGCUACAGUAGUACAGUACAUCCCACCACCAUACGGCUCUUUGACACAGGACCAGAGUUUGGGUACGGCUGAUGGUUUGCAUUCCGGUCACCAGCCAUUGGCAGUUACAGUGAACCCGCCACCACAGUACUACAGCGUGUAUCCUAUGGAAAACCUUGCUUUUAUUUCUGGUGAAUAUGACAACGCUGCAGUAGAACAGAGGGAAACCAGGAAUCCCAGCAGCUCAGGGGAAGAGGAGGAAGGGAAAGUGAACAGCUCAGACAGCCCCACCUCUCCACCUGCAUAUGAUGAAAUUUUUGCUACCUCUUCAUGUGACUCCUUAUGAAUGAAAAAAACAAAUUUCCUGAUAUACGUUAUAUAAUAAAGUCCAUGUGUUUACUGCA